AUUCCACGUCAUCAUUUCUAAAAAAUAUUCACUCUCUCUCUUCAAUUGUACACUCGUGUUUCUCACACGCUGAACUCUGCAAGUAUGCAUUACAGUCUUCACAUUCUCCACUUCCAAUUGAAACCGCUCUCUUUCUGAUUCACUCCUCUCAAAUCCCUGAAAUUUCUGCACUUCCGAAUCUGUUAUUCCUCACGUUCUCCCAUUUCAGAUAUAAUGGAUUUCAAAUUGACUCUCAAUUUCAAUUUCGAAAAUCCAGCGCCUUGGGGAAAAAAUUGGGGCUUUUUAAGGGGAAAGCUUACGGGUUUCAUAAUCAUCCGUUUUGGGUUGUCACAACCUCCAGCCAUUGAAAACCCUUCUCUCGCGCGCCUUGCUAGAUUCCGCAGCCGUUGACUUGUGCGAAGGUCAAGAACUUAGGUAUAUACCAUCCAAAUUGGCUAUUGGCUACUGAUAUUAUCACAAUAACUGGUGUUGUGAACUUAACAAAAGUAAAGCUUGCGGCAUUCUUUGUUUGCUGCGAUCCAGAGAAAAGCUCAUAUACUGGAGUUGACUUCAACCGAGUAAGCCCCUUAUUCCCUUUAAAUAAUUACUUGGUUUGACAAAUAUGAUAUUCUCUAUUUCAUGCUAUUGUUUUUAGAGCCUGCUUUCUAUGCAUCAUAAAUCAUAAAAAUUAAAGUAACAUAAAAAUUGAUUCGACGCAAGGCACGGAUGGAAUGAGAGUACUUUGUCGGCACACAUCAGACCUUUUAAUAUUUUCUCUCUCUCGCUUUUCUUUUUUAAAUACGUAUAUCACCUAUGUAAGUUUUUUUUUAUAAUCCUAGUUUCAUUCUAAUUCCUUUUUUUCUUAUUUGUUAUGCUUUGAAUGAAUAUAACAAAAUUAUUUUAAUCUUUUAGAUGUAUAUACGAAAACACAAAAUACAAAAAAUUCGAGUUAUUUCCAAAUCAAUCCUUUAAAACUAUUUGAUAUCAAUUUUUCAUGACAUAAUUGAUAUCAAUUUGAAUGUAAGAUAUUCCAUUCAACUUUUAUUUGUUAUAUAAAAAAUAACUGUAAUCAUUAAAAAAAAACUUUGUCAGCAUACAUCUUAAUAGUGUAAAAGUCACAGUUGACUUUUACUAACUAUUUUAAUGUCAUUAAAAACCAAAAUUUACAAUUGUCUACAUUGAUGAUGUUCUGGUCUUCUCCCAAUCCAUUGAUCAACAUUUCAAGCAUAUCAGGAUUUUCAUUUCCACUAUUAAGAAAAAUGGUCUUGCUCUUUCCCGAUAAAAAAUUAGUCUCUUCCAAACCAUUUUCAGAUGGUUCGGAAGCAGAUUUAGGUAGUUACAAUACAUAUAUAUAUAUAUAUAUAUAUAUAUAUAUAUAUAUAUAUAUAUAUAUAUAUAUAUAGGGAGCGUAUCAGGUGAGAGGAGAUGUCUAUUAUGAGAGAUGAGAGCAUUAAAUAGUAUGCAUUGGAUUGAAAUCAACGGUCCAGAUUUGUUAUUUUAUAAAAAAGUUCACGGGCCCUUCCCUGUUCUCCUCUUCUCUCUCCCGCACUCUCUACACUGCGCUUCAAUCCUUCUCCACCACUGCUUCUGAUUCUCCACCGCAGCAGCCUCCCAGCAACUUCUGGUCAUGAAUUGGUGCAUCAAACUUCAUGAAUUGCUCAGUUUCUGCACCAACCAAACAAACAAGAUAGAUAGGAAUAGGUUCAUAUCAUAAUCAUCAGAAUUCAUACAUAGGAGAUCUUAAUUGAAUCAAUUUUGUUCGUGUUUACUGAACUUGAAUGUCAAUGGCGUCCUUAUCCCUCUCAUCACCACCAAUCCACCAUCUCUCUCCUCCGCACACCACAAUGCUAUCCUACGCACCACCACCCCCAAACCAAGUCACCAACAUCAUCAGCGUCCCCACCUCCAAGCGCACCGAGGAGAGGCGCGAUCCCUCGGCAUCCCGCUCUCCGUCAUCGACGAUAGCCCCCGCCUCGAUCUCGCCAUCGGCGGCGCACACAGUGGAGAAGCUUUUGGGGUGACAUGUAAGCAGAUCUGAGGAAUUGGGAUGAGGGGAUAAGUUAACUCAGUGGGUUGAAAAAUUAGCAUACAGAAGAGGAACAUAUAAGUGUUUGAACUCAAAUUAAAUUUUAACCGUUGAUAUUGAUCAAAGGGCUAUUAUUAAAUAAUCUCAUCUCUCACAAUAAACAACUCCUCUCACCUGAUAUGCUCCAUAUAUAUAUAUAUGGAGCAUAUCAAGUAGUUAGUUUUUUGACCUACCUCUCUCUCUCUCUUACCUACCUCUCUCUCUCUAUGUGUGUAAUCCCUGCAGUUCUUUGAAUAAAAGCUUUUCUGUAAGUACUUUUCCAUCAUGUUUUUUAGCUUCCGCACUCUCUGGUAUCAGAGCCUAUUCCCGUGAGGGAAGGGUUCUGGAAUCAGUAGUUAGUUUUUGUUGGAUUCAAUCUUUUGUUUUUUUCUGCAACUUUAUUUCUUCUUACUGUUUUCAUUAAUCACCUUGUUAUUAUCUUCAAGUCCUUAAGACUUAGUGUGAGGUAUCCCUGGAGUCUAGUGGUCCCGGCAGUAAAGCCUGAGAGGUUGUGAGACCGUUGGUUUAGCUAGAUUGGGAAGAAGCGUUAUCCUUCUUAAGUUACUUAAGCAAAUAACAUGGCUAGAUUAAUCAAAACCCUAAGUGAAAUGAGUUUAGGAAAGAACAAACAGAUCAUGAUUCCAUCAACAUCCAACUCUGGUUCUAGUAACCAAGAUCAAGAACUCUCUAGGGUAGCCCAACAAGAGUUAGAAAUAGCUUCAAUAGAAAGAGCACUUCAAAAUUGGUCAAUCCCUAUAGUUAAAAAGAAAGAAAUAUAUAAACAACACACUUUAUUCAAUAGAGCAGAUGAUUCUAUUUUUACAAUAGAAUGUUGUCAACAUAGUUCUGAUCACACAAGUACUAUAAAAUUAUUAAAUGAAGAUGUUCUAGAUCAACACAUUAAAGAUGGUUUUAACUUCAUCCAUGUAGGUUUAAUACAAGUAGCUGCAAAACCUAACUUUCGUUUAGGAAUCAAUUCUCCUAUAAUAGUAAUGUUAAGAGAUAUGAGGCUAUUAAAGCCACAAGAUUCGUUAAUUGCAGUCUUAGAAUCAAACCUUCAUGAUGGUCCUGUUUUCUUUAACUGCUAUCCAAACUAUGCUAUGAAUCUUCAGAAUAGUUGGACCAAAAAUGCCAUACAAUUAGAUCUAUUAGCAAACAAUGAUAUUUUUGAAGAAGAAAGUGAUCCUUUCUCAAUAAUAUAUAGAGUAUAUUAUAAAGUUUCAAAAAUAAAUUAUAAUUUUAAAGCUUUAAGAUCUUCACCCAAACAAGAAACCAUUAUGCUAGAAGCAAACCUUAAAAGAUCUUCAGUACAAGUUCCAAAGAAACUUACUCAUGAAGAAGUUAUGAGUAAAGUCCCUGAGGAAUGGGUAUUCAAGAAUUCCCUGCCUCAACCAAAAAUUCAUACUACUCAAGUAAGAGAAUUGUUUCAAGAAGGAGCAAAUCUCACUUUAAGAAUGAAUAGAUCAAACUCAUUUAGUAUUAGAUCUCCUCAACAGUUAUACAGAGUAGAUCUCCCAAGAUCUUCUGUAUCAUCAAAACUUAAAGGAUUAGAUACAACGUCUAGUCCUAGUAUAGCAACACCUAUAUAUCAAGAUGAAGAAUCUAGUAAUUAUUCUCCAACCCCUUCGCAAAUCAACAUGCUAAGUAGGGUAAAACCUAGUUUUAAUAUAGACAAAGAUUUCAUUAAAAAAGAUUUUAUGGCUGAAUACAAUAAAGAUAAAAGAUUAUGGUACUUCAAGAAUUACAGUAAACAAGAAACUGAAACUCUUAGGGCCUUUUAUUAUGAAGAAAUGGAAGUUUCUGAAACAAACAUCUAUUUUUUUGAUUGGUUCGAAAACCAUUGUAUUAAAAAUAAUCUUAAUUAUCCUUUCUGGAAAAACGUCAAUCCAAUCACAAAAAUAAAUACCACUUGGAAAACUCCUGAUAAUAACACUAUUACUUCAGAAUACCCUCCACAAACUGGAGUGAAAAUAGUCAUAAAAGAUGGUCAUGAAAUCGAAGCAUCUCCUUAUAAGGCAGAAGCUAACAAAGUUCAUCAACAAUUAAAUUUUGCAAAUACUAUGCUAACAGUCAUGUCAAAGCAGCUAGAAAGAAUAGAGGUUCAAAAACCCUCUAUUACAACCAAAGAAGCUUCUUCAUCAUUUACCUUAGGAAACCCUUUGCAAACUCCUAUUUUCAAAAUUCCUCAAUACACUAAAGAAGAAUUUAAUUCCUUUAAUCUCUCGGGAAGUGUAGAAAAAUUAAAAGAAAAAUUAAACAAGCUUUCAAUAAAUCAUUUGGAUAAAGAUUUAAAUAUCAAUAAAAUUAGAAAGUUUGGGCCAGAUAACAACACAAGAGCCUACUAUCCAAGACCUUCCUAUUCUGAUAUGAGGUUUGAAGAAAGAAAAGAAUUUAUUCAAAAUACCUUUAGUGGAACUAGCCUUGAUGAAUGGAAUAUCGAUGGCUUUAGUGAACAAAAUAUAUUAGACAUUACGCAUCAAAUGAUUAUGGCUGCCACAGCCUAUAAAGUCCAUAAUAACACCGAUAGAAAUGCAGCAUUAAUGAUUACUCAUGGCUUCACUGGUCAGUUACGAGGCUGGUGGGACAACAUCAUGACCCCUGAAGAUAAGUCAACUAUACUAGAAAAGAAAAAAGAAAAUGGAGAAGAAGAUGCUGUAGCAACAUUAAUAUAUACUAUUAUACUUCAUUUCAUAGGAGAUCCUAGCAUAUUUAGAGAAAGAGCUUCAAGCCAGCUCGCUAAUCUCUAUUGUCCCACCAUGUCCGAUUACAGAUGGUAUAAGGACACCUUCUUCUCGAAGGUAACCUUAAGAGAAGAUGGCAACAGCGCCUUCUGGAAAGAACGCUUUAUUGCAGGAUUACCUAGAUUAAUGCAAUCAAAGGUAUUAGAUAAUUUAUCACUUUUUAAUCAAGGAAAUCCAGUAAAUUUUGGUUCACUAUCAUUUGGACAAUUGCAUAACACUGUAGUACACACAGGAAUACAAGUUUGUACUGACUUCAAACUUCAAAACAAAAUGCAAAAAGAUAUGCAAAUCUCAAGAAAAGAAGUAGGUAGCUUUUGUGAACAAUAUGGAGUAGAACCUUUACAAGCUCCUAGUUCAAAAGCUAGAAGGAUUAAUAGAUCCAAAACAAAGCCUUCUCAGGGAUAUAAAAAGAGAAAACCAUUUCAAAAGAAACCUUAUGAACAAAGUCCUACUACUCAAAAACCUAUAAACAAAAAGGCCGUAAAUCCUAAUAAAAAGAAAAAUGUCUGCUGGAAAUGUGGAAAGCCAGGACAUUAUGCAAACAAAUGCAAAACUCAACAAAAAAUUAAUGAAUUAGAUUUAGACCAAAAACUCAAAGAUAGUCUAAUCAGUGUUCUCAUUAAUAGUGAAGAUCCUCACUACCCUUCAGAAAAUGAAUAUGAAGGAGAUGAAGACCAAGAUGUAAAUCUGGUCGAAUACUCAUCUGAUUCUCAUUCCUCUUCAGAAGAAGAAAGAGAAUGUGUUAAAGAUAGUUCAGGAUUCUGUGAUUGUGCAGGAUGCUUAGGACAAAACGUCAAUAUGCUAACCCAAGAUCAAACUAUGAGUUUAAUCUCUAUAAUAGACAAAAUGGAGGAAUCUCCCUUAAGGGACGAAUUUCUACAACAACUAAAUCUUUUGGUCAAGAAGGAAGAAACCUUGAAAAAGGAAAUUAGUCCUCCAAUAAAUAGCAUGAAUGAAAUUUUUAAUAGAUUUCGUCCUAAACCAACCAUAACCUUAUCAGAUCUUCAAGAAGAAGUGAAAAUAUUAAAGGAAGAAGUUAACCAAUUAAAGCAAAAUGAUCUUAGCUUAGAGUUCAGAUUAAUGGAAAUAGCUGGGAUAAAAAUUAUAGAAUCUCAAGAAACCCUAGCCAGUACCUCAGGAUUAAAGAAAAUACAUAAUGAAGAAGAAGAAGAACCCAGUGAAAGUUAUCUUAAUCUCCUCAACUUGGUUAUAACCCACAAAUGGCACUCUGAAAUAACUUUAGUCAUUAAUAAUGAUUUUCGAAUCAAUAUAAUAGCCCUCAUUGAUAGUGGCGCAGAUAUCAAUUGUAUUCAGGAAGGCUUAGUCCCCACUCAAUUUUAUGAGAAAACCAAAGAAGGAGUCAAUAGUGCAAAUGGAUCCAAAAUGAAUAUUCAAUACAAACUAUCAAAUGCAAAGAUUUGCAAAAGCCAAGUUUGUUUUAGAUCUUCAUUUGUCCUAGUCAAAAACAUGACAGAAAAAAUCAUUUUAGGAACUCCAUUCAUUUGUCUUCUAUACCCUAUUGAUAAAAUAGAUGAAAAAGGAAUAGUCACAACAGUCUUAGGAAAGACUAUUACUUUUCCAUUUAUAAAACCUCCUCAGGUAAAAGAAUUAAAUUUAUUAAAGGAAAUCUCCACCUCCAAAAUAAAUAUAAUCUCUAGAAAAAAGAAUCAUAUCAAUUCUUUACAAAAAGAAAUAAAAUAUUAUAAAUUAGAAGAACAACUCAAGAGAUCCAAUAUUCAAAAGAUUAUUAAGGAUUUUCAAGAUCGGAUAGAAAAGGAUCUAUGUGAUCUAAAUCCCAUGGCCUUUCAUCAUAGAAAAAUACAUACCAUAACAUUACCAUACAUAGACGGGUUUAAUGAGAAAGACAUCCCUACCAAAGCCCGGCCCAUUCAAAUGAAUGAACAAUAUUUAAAAUAUUGUAGAGAAGAAAUAGGAGAAUAUCUCAACAAGGGCCUGAUUCGCCACUCCAAAUCUCCUUGGAGUUGCACAGGGUUUUAUGUCAUGAAUGCUUCUGAGUUAGAAAGAGGAGCCCCUAGAUUAGUCAUUAACUACAAACCCUUAAACAAAGUAUUAAAAUGGAUAAGAUAUCCAUUGCCUAAUAAAACAGAUCUCAUUAAAAGAUUACAUAAGGCAACAAUAUUCUCAAAAUUUGAUAUGAAGUCAGGAUAUUAUCAAAUUUCGGUCAAGGAGGAGGAUCGAUAUAAAACCGCCUUCGUUGUCCCUUUUGGUCAUUAUGAAUGGAAUGUAAUGCCACAAGGUUUGAAAAAUGCACCUAGUGAAUAUCAAAACAUCAUGAAUGAUAUAUUCUAUCCAUACAUGGACUUUACCAUUGUAUAUCUAGAUGAUGUCUUAGUAUUCUCAAAAGGCAUAGAUCAGCAUGUUCAACAUUUAGAAAAAUUUAUAGAAAUCAUUAAGAAAAAUGGAUUAGUAGUUUCAGCAAAAAAGAUGAAAAUCUUUGAAACCAAAACCAGAUUUUUAGGAUAUGAAAUUCAUCAGGGACAAAUUACCCCAAUACAAAGAUCGUUAGAAUUCGCCAAAAACUUUCCAAAUGAAUUAAAAGAGAAAACUCAAUUACAAAGAUUUCUAGGUUGUGUUAAUUAUGUAGCAGAUUUUAUCCCCAACAUAAGGAUAAUUUGUGCCCCUUUGUUCAAAAGACUUAGAAAAAACUCUCCGCCAUGGUCUGAAGAAAUGAGCCAUAGUGUUAGAGAAGUCAAAAGAUUAGUUCAAAGCCUACCUUGUUUAGGAAUACCAGAUCCGGAUGCUUCAUUAAUUAUAGAAACCGAUGCAUCAGAAUUAGGAUAUGGUGGGAUACUUAAGCAGGUAAAACCUCAGUCUUCAAAAGAACAAAUAGUUAGGUACCAUUCAGGUAUUUGGCACCCAGCUCAACAGAAAUAUUCCACAGUCAAAAAAGAAGUUCUUUCAAUAGUUCUAUGUGUUCAAAAAUUUCAAGAUGAUGUUUUUAAUAAAAAAAUUUUGAUAAAAACUGAUUGCAAAGCAGCACCUUCAGUUUUACAAAAGGAUGUUCAAAACCUAGUUUCAAAACACAUUUUUGCCAGAUGGCAAUCUUUACUUUCUUGCUUUGAUUUUGAAAUAACUCAUAUUAAAGGAGAUAGUAACUCCCUUCCAGAUUUUCUAACCAGAGAAUUUUUACAGGGAAAACAUGAGUGAUACAAAACCCAAAUCAAAGGAUCAAUAUGGACCCCCACUGGGUUCGUCAGCAUCAUCAUCACCAUCAGGAUCAAAAGCAAUAGUAGUAACCCCUAUCAAGGUUGCUGAAUCUUUAAUACCAACCACCCCUUCAAAGCCUUCUCAAAAACUCACAACAGCUCAAAUUGUCAAAACACCUCACCAGAAAACCUCAUUAGUCCCAUUAACCAAUAAAUAUACAGUAUUAGCUCAAAGCCCUUCAAAAUCCCCUGCCAAACCCGAGCCAACCGAAUAUCUGGAAAAACCAGAAGGUGAGCCAUCUCUCAUUAUAGAAAGAGAACAUUUCUCUUUAAGUCCUAGAGAAAUAGCCACUCAAUUAUUCCCUACCAACUUUCAUUAUGUCCCUGGACACCCCAAGAAGACCAGAUUAUUUUAUGAAUUCAUUCUAGUAGACUCUGACUCCAUAGAAGUCACACAUAACCAAGAUAAACAAGGAGAAAUAGCGUUCUCCAAAAUCAAAAUCCUUAAAGUCCUUACACCCCAGGAUUGGAAUGCUCCUCUUCAUUAUUUUAAGCAGUUUUCUAGACAGUUCGACCCUCCUAGUUAUAACUACUUUGAUUAUACAGAUGCCUGGUAUUACGCCUUGUAUCUUUAUCCUUAUCAACACUCCUGGUUCAUUUGGUUCAAAAAGGGAAUCUCUUUAAAGUUCCCUCAAUGGUUUAAAGUUUGGUUUUGCAAGGUAGGACUCGAUGAGUCUAUCUUUCCCGAAGAAGUAAAACCAUUAUUCAAGUACUUUGCUCAAAAGUCAAAUUUCAUUAUGGAAGACAAACUCCUCAUGUUCACAGCUUCGCAAGCCAUAUCUUGGAUUUUAACCUGGGAUUGGAGAACUGUAGAAAUUUAUGAGGAUACAGAACUCUAUCAGCUCUAUCGCAUUUUUAAAAUAAAAUGGUGGGCAAAAUUCAAUAUCUCUCUAAUUCAACAGACAAAACUUGAAGCUUGGAUAAAGACUUAUCAGCUUACUCAACAAAGCAAGAAACAGCUGUCAACUACCCCUGUUUCUCGUCUCAAUCAAGAAAGUUCAUUUCUUCAAGAAAGAUCAAGGCUCAUAGCCGAAUUAGCCGCAGCAAGCUCUCCCCAAGAAUUUCAAAAGAAGAUAGAUAUGAUGAGUCAGAAGUCUGGCUCAGAUACUUCAUCAGUCAACAGCCAGAACUACCUUCAAGAAAAUGAAGAUGACUGUUUAGGCAUCAACUAUCAUCCAUACACUUAAGGACAAAAGGUCAUUAUCAGCCCUUCUCAUCAUGAUCAAGAAAGAAUCUGCUUUCUAAUAUUGGCCGACAAAGAAUCCACUUUCAUUAUUAAAGUUACUAUCCACUUUCGUUAUUAAAGUUUCUGUAGUUACUUUUAUGUAAACCAGAGUUACUUUCGAAAAGUAACCAUGGUCAAAACUUGUAUAAAUAGGUAGCUUAGUAAGAGUAAGAGGGAUCGGGUUUUUUGACCUACCUCUCUCUCUCUCUUACCUACCUCUCUCUCUCUAUGUGUGUAAUCCCUGCAGUUCUUUGAAUAAAAACUUUUCUGUAA